CUGACAGCUGCUGUUUUUUUCUGAUUUUGUUUUCCAGAAUAAAAACUAAUUUCAGUUCAGUAGUCAAAUCAACAACAGAAAAUGUCGGCGGAAUUCGCAAAAUUAAAUCUUUAUGAAUAUAUCGGUGUAGAUAUCGAUGCCCAAGAAUCAGAUAUCCGAAAAGCAUACCGAAAAAAGGCGCUAGCAUGCCAUCCGGACAAAAAUCCAGAUAACCCAAAAGCAGCCGAAACUUUUCAUAUUCUCUCAAGAGCUCUAGAAGUCCUUACCGAUGCGACAGCAAGAGCGGCUUAUGAUAAAGUAUUCAAAGCGAAAAAAGCCGCCGAAGUCCGUAAUCAGCAGCUAGAUAGCAAAAGACAAAAACUAAAAGCCGAUUUGGAGCAAAGGGAACGAGAUGCAAGUGUUGCAAGCCAACGUAAUUUCAAAGGUUACUCAACUGUUCAGAAGACCGAUGAACAAGUUCUUCAAGAGCAAAUAGAUCGACUGCGGGAAGAAGGGUCCAAGUUGCUUGAAGAAGAACUUGCUUCUAUGCGACGGGAAUUGAAAAAAACCGUAGUGACACAAGCUCCCAAAUUCGAUUCAACUCUUCAUCGAAUCAAAAUAAAAUGGAAAGCAGAAAAGAAUGACCCAACAAAUGGUGGCUAUUCAGAGUCGAAGUUAAUGAAUUACCUGAAAAAGUAUGGAGAAAUUGAAGCUUUUGUUAUGUCAAAGAAGAAUGGUAGUGCUUUAGUAGAAUUUAAAUCAUUAGAAUCUAGUGAAAUGGCUUUGUUAUAUGAAAAAGGAGAUCUUAGUAAUUGCUUGAGCUUAGAGUGGAUUACACCACCGCCUAAGCAAAAUCAGAAUGGUUCUCUGAAUGUCGGAUCAUCAAAUGACUUUGAAAGUUUAGUUCUUAGACAGUUGAGGCAAGCUGAAGAACGAAAGCGUUUGAUCGAACAAAUGCAGAAAGAAGAUCAAGACGGUUCAUAGAAAAAUUUAACGUUCGACUACUAUUUUUUAAGGCUUAGUAUUGUAUUAAAAAUAUUUGUACAAAUAAAAUAAUUUAAAGAAAUUUA